AAAUACGGAGGUCUAGACAUUUCCGUAUUUUGACAUCAUCGACUUUGCACUAAAUUCCCAAAAAAAAAAAAAACCAGUUAUAUGACGUUUUUGGAAAACCAAAUUCAAGUUUUCCCAUCAAAGUCCAAAAACGUCUGUAAAGGCAAUACGGAUGCUGGAAAUAUCUGCAAAGUAGUUUUAAAUUCUGUACAUUUUGCAACUGAUCGUAAAAAAGCUAUUAAGAAAGAGAAGAAGAAAAAAGAACUUGUUAGUGGUGACAAAGAUAAACAUAUGAAAAUGUGGGUGUUAAAGGUGAUGAAGUUGCAUUAUUGCAACUUACAAGAGGAUGAUUAUGCCAAUGAAGAUACAUUUCUUUACUUUGUUCUGGCCCCUAUUUUAAAAAGUUUGUUACGUAUCAAUUCACGCACUGCACUUCUCUUUGGUGAGACCAACCUCAAGUCUAAAGCCGCUGAAAUCAACAGACAUCUCUUUGAUGAUGAGAGACGAUACGCUGGACCAAAGAUCGAUGUAAUUGUGAAGGACAAAAAAUACAAUUUAGAGAUAAUGAUAAUAGAAGUAUCGGGACCAUUUGAAAAAGUGAACAACACGCUCUUUCUGGAAGAUAGAAACAAAAUUUGCAAGAAUCUGAAGGCCAUGUUUAAAAAUAUUGUUUCACAUAUGGAGGUGCCAUCAAAAACUUUUAUCAGGAAAUUAAAGCUAUACGGAUUACAAUUUUACAAUGGACGAAUCUUCGUUUACAGUAUUUGCAAACCUUGCGACCACAGCUAUGUCUUCGUGAAUGAUUACAGUUUUUCUAGUCUCGGCCCAUCAUCUAUAAACCCGCAACAAAUGCCAUCUUUCGUCAAAAAUAUGUAUGGAAUUUUAUAUUUAAUUGAAAACACACAACAUAUUCUUGACAAGUUCCUGGAUAAUAUUGAUAUUGUUGCAGCCAAUAAUAAUGUGGCUUGUUGUUACACAGGAUAGGAUCUUUCCUAUAAAU